UGCCCCGGGGCGGGCAGGGCUGGAGCGGGUCCUGGGUAUGCACCGUGAGUGCCCGGAGCCUGGCCGGGGUCUCGUCGUACCCAUGUGGGCGCUGAGGGCCCCGCACCAGGGCACGGAAGCGGCGGCCGCUGUGGGGAGCAGGACCUCUGGCGUGUCUGGGUCUGUUCUCCCCCUGUAACGUUAGAACAAGCGUGUUUAUGUUGCAGGGGUGAGUGUUGGUUAAUUAGUUCACCUUGAAAAUGAAGCUGCGCUAAGUGUUAAGUGGUCUCUCCUCAGCUUCCUCACCCGUGGCUUUGUAAUUUCCUGUGCACCUCCUUGUGUUUCAGGGAUACAAAUGGGUUGGGAGCAGUGCGGAGCCAACUGUUGUGUAAAAAUAGCAGAGCCCCGAGAGGUCACGGUUUUGGUUUGAGGAGCAUUUGGUGGGUACAGCUUGCUCUGAAGCGAGGGAAGUGGUGAGGGGUAAAGAAUGGGUUGGGCUGGAAGGGACCUUAGAGAUCAUCCACUUCCAACCCCCUGCCACAGACAGGGACACCCGUUUCCUACAUGUCUGCAUUUAAAGCCAGGCUCAGAUCUGCUCAUAACUGAGUGUUCAUUUGUUUACCUUUGACUUUACCAUAUUUGCAUCCAGUCUCUUGCCUUAAACCACACUUCCAGCUCAUUGCCCUUCCCCGUUUUAAACCUGUGCUCUAUCCCGGUGGCUGGAGUUCAUCAUUUGUUCCAAUGGACCAAGCUGCAGACUUUUAAGAUGCUUCCAUUCUGGAUGAACAAGCCACUCUUUUGUAGGAAAUCACCACAGCAGAACAAGCAGGAACAAUGAGUGGAAAUGAGCACGACUGGCUGGCUCUCAAACCCCAGGAACCUUCUCCAUCCCAGUGCUGCGGCGGCGGCUGCAAACCCUGCAUCUAUGAUGUGUAUGAGAAGGAGCUUGCACAAUGGGAGAGGGCCAAAGCAAAGCAAGACAAAAGCCUUCUCAUGGAAAAGAAGGAGCAGAGCAAUAAUUCAGAGCUGAAUCCAGAUACAUUUACUGCAUUCAACAUAAGCUCAGUGGAGCAGCUAACAGAGGACACCUACCAGUACAGAUUUGAAUUACCGGGAAAUAGCAGCCUGCGCUUGAGUUUAGGACAACAUAUCGUGUUAAGAGGAGUGGUGAAUGGUUUGGAGGUCCAGCGAGCCUAUACUCCGAUUAGCCCAGGGAAUGCAGAAGGUUACUUUGAAGUUUUAAUCAAAUGCUAUGAAGCUGGGCUAAUGUCACAAUACAUAAAAACAUGGAAAAAAGGAGACAUGGUCUUUUGGCGUGGGCCAUUUGGAGGGUUCCCAUAUCGACCUAAUAAGCAUGGAGAACUCCUCAUGCUGGCAGCUGGUACCGGCCUCGCACCGAUGCUUCCCAUCCUCCAGUCCAUAACAGAUGAUGAAGAGGAUGAAACCUUUGUAACUCUUGUUUGCUGCUUCCCUACCUAUGACAAAAUUUAUCUGAAACCUCUUCUCCAGGAUCUGGCUCGAUUCUGGAACAUCAGAAUAUUUUAUGUCCUAAGCCAGGAAACUUCCCUGGAAAAACUUCCCUGGAGCUAUCAGGAAAACACAUAUGCUGGUCGUCUCGAUGAAGACUUGAUGAAGACUAUAAUAAAUUCCUGCAGAAGAAGGCCAUUUGUAUUAAUCUGUGGCUCUUCUGCGUUCAAUGAAGAUAUGGGUAGAUAUCUUAGAGCUGCAGGAAUUGAAGAAGAUUCCUGUUUUGUCUUUUAGCAGGAUAUUCCUGACCUCAGGAACUGCAGGCUGAGCCUUGGACGUCCUUGUUUCUCUGCAGACAUUGCUCAAAACCAGUUGUCUCAAUAGACUGACUCCCUUGUGCAUAUACUUAUAUAGGCCUUUGGAUCAAAUAUUUAUAUCCAGUAUGAUUCUCACUCUUGAGUGUUUUAAGGAAUGGGUGCCAUUCCAGAGUGACUGCUACCACUGUGGGUGCUGUGCCACCCACACCUCAGGGAGCAGCAUGGUAAUGUUAAUGGAAGUCUUCACAUGCAGUUUUAAGAGGGGGAUCUCCUAAGAGCACUAAAAAGUAUCCAAGUAGAGAGCUCUGCUGCAAUACAAAGAUCAGUGAGUUGCUUUGCAAUCCUUGUUAGUCUGCAGCGGUAUUGUGCCCUGAUGGGUGUCCAGGGGAGAGGCUUAAUCCCCAGGGAGAAGACUGCCUGGCCAAGGGAACAGCAGUGUGCUGGCCCAGCAUUCGGGAUCUGUGGGGUGCAUUUUGGUUGUGUCAUUAUCGUGCUGAGUGAUGCCAGGUGAGUCACUUCAACCUCUCUGCACCUCAGUUGCCCUGUUUUACACUAAUACAGAGUAAGAAGCACUGAUCUUCUGUGGGAAGAGCCUUUCCAGCCUGCAUUACCCACCCUGGUCCUUAAUGCUUGAAAUGCUGCCUGGGGAGAGAAAGAGCAUGUCCUAAAACUGAGAAAGCAUCCAGGAUGUGGCUGCUAUCUGCCAGGGAGGAUGGUUGUUUGCUUUCCAUGUCCCCUAUGUGUUGUAUCAUAGCUCUGGUUCAUUAAAUUGAACCUCUUUCCAAAUAAACAGCUGUUUCUUUUUCUCACAGGGCUCUCUCAGGUGCCCAAGGCAGUGCCAUAGGCAUACAAGAACACAACCUGAGGAGUGAAAGCUUCAUGGGGCUGUGCCUGAGUGCUCCCCUGUGGGGCAGGGGGCAGAGCCAGCCUGGGUGUCCCAGCCCCUUCCAUUUCAGCCCAAGAUGCUGCUACUUUUCCUCUGAGAUACCCACUUGCUGCUCUUUCACUUUCAGACCACUGUUUUUACUAACUACACCUGGAAAUACAGCCUUUCUGCACA